AGUUUCUAAAACAAUUUGUGUUUCUUUUUAUUUUCUUGCAGUGAAACAAUCGGCAUCAAUAUGAACGAAGAAUUAGAAUCUGCUAGCAACUCUCCGGCCAACAUGACCCCAAACUUUAGCAACCCAGGCACCCCAAGAUCUGAUGCUGGUAUUGAGAUGAGAAACACACCACCUCCACCCCCACAGUCCCAGGCACAGCGUCCAGUAGCCUCUAUUAAUCAGCAGCACCAGCAACAACAAUUAUUGCUACAACAUCAGCAGCAACUUCAGCAGUUACAAAGUCAGAGUAAAUACUCACAACUGUUGGCUGUGAUAGAGGACAUGGGUAGGGAUAUACGACCAACAUACGCAGGGAGCCGAACCUCUGCAGAAAGGUUGAAACGUGGCAUUGUGCAUGCAAGAAUACUUGUUCGUGAAUGUCUCAUGGAGUGUGAAAGAAGUGCAAGAAGCUAAUACACUUGUGGUCUUUAUGUUAUUGUCUUAUGAUCAUGAUGAAAGUAUAUGUAUUUCAGUAUUAAAUCUGAAAUAAUACAGAUAAGUAAGACCAAGGAUUAUCUUUCAAAAUGGCUAUUGUUGAAAUUGUGAACAGUGAUGUUCUGCAAUAGUGUUGCAACCUAUUUUGAAAGAAGAAAAUUAAUACAUGUGACCUUAUUUAAUGUGGCAUGCAUCUGGUAUUGCCAAUUUUGACAGAGAUUCGUCAGAUCUAAUCUUUAUACUGAAUUUCUGAAACUUAUAGUUAUACUGAAUUUCAUAAAAGAAUUAAGAAGAAUGUUGCAUUAAUUUAUUGUUAAUGUGAUUGGCUAUCUAACAGAUAUGAUGAGUGAUUAGUGUUAAAAGUAAAGGACAUCUAUAGAAAAACAAGAGGAAAACUCAUAUUAGGUGUGUCAUUGGAUUUUAAAAUGAAGUGAAAUGCUGACUUCAAUUUUUCAAUAGAAAAAAAAAAAAUGUAAAAUGUAAAAGUUUAGAUUAUUUGUUAUGCAUAGAAAAAUGGUGUUGACCAUACUUUUGUUAAAAGCCAAAUUGUAAAAUAUUUCUAUAAUUUACCUGUACUUCAGGUGCUGGACACUAUCAGGUGCUCUAGCCUUUACCAAUUUAAUCAAUUUUAAUAAUUUGUUGUAAUUAUAUGAUUUGAAAAAAAAGGAAAUUGUUACUUUUGUAACACUGUUACUUUACAAGGGCACUUUUUAAUAACUAUUUACAUUUAAAAUAAUUUAAUUCUAAUAAUUUAUUAUUGUACUGUACCAUUUUAGACAUUCAUGAGUCAUGUAUAAUCUGUCUCACAUGUUGACCACAAAAAAUCAAGAAUUUUGUAGAUUAAUUAGCAAUCAAUGGUAUUUCCUGAACUUAUUUUUUCGUAGGUUCUGCAUUCAUUUUCUUGAAAUCACUUUACAAUUAUUUUUUUCUCAAACUAAAUUUCUAGCAACAUGCUUAAAGAUCCUAAUGUUGUAAUUGAGAUUGUUACCACAUUUAAGUGAAAUGUUAUAUAUGUAUAUAAUUAUGCAUACAAAACUUUUUCAAACAUCAGAGAAUAUGUAAAAUAUUUACUGCAAAUAUUUGUCCACGUUAUAUGUAAUCAUUAAAAUAUAUGCAUUCAUUUCUUAUUGACAAAUUUGACUAGACUUUAUACAAAAUAAAUUUCUAAUGUUACCUUCCCGUAUUAACAUUCAAUAUCUUUACAAAUAAUGCUUUUUGGAACUUACUAUAUUGAUAAAUCUUAAUUUGAGCAUCAUAUUUAUGAUAUAAAACCAUAAAAAUGUUGUGUCACAGGAUCUUUAAUAAAUUUGGGAAAUGCAAGGAAGCUGUCCAGCUACCCAAUAGAAGUCAACCUUGGGCAUUAUGUGUUUCUCUAAAAUAAUACAUAUACACACUGAGUCGUUUUACCUCCAUAAAGCUGUAAGACACAAUACAUUAUAAUGUAGAACUUCUUUAAAAUAAAAUCCCUACAAAUCAAGUAUAUAACUUUUUUCUGAAAAAUAUGAGCCAUGUACAAAAGUUACAUGCUGAAGAUAUUUGUAACUUGCAGGUACUACAUGUAUAUGAAUGUGUUUAUUUUGUUGAUUUACUUCAAAUGAAAAAUCAAGUUACCCAUGAUGUCAAUGAAUUUAAUUUCACAUAUAUAGAUAAAUAGAUCUUGUCAUUAACAUUACAUUACAGCUUCACCAAUGUGUUCAAAUGAUUUAGAAUUUUAAUCAUUCAUUAUAAAUAUUGUGUAUUUAGAAUUGUGGAAGACUGAAUGUAAAAAUUCUUACAAAUGGCAUAAUAUGUAAUUGUCUGCUUUGCCUUCAUGAUGUAGCAUUAUCUGACAUUGUUAAAAAGAUACAUGUAGUUUUACAUAUCAAUAUUUGACUAAGAGAAAAAAAUAUAUAAAUUUUGAAUUGGUAAAAUCUUAGUAAUUGAUGGAAGACUUUGAAUUAUCCCAACUAUAUUUUCAGGUUUAUUUUAAGAGUACAAAAUGUAUAUCUCUUGAAAAAAGAAUGUAUAAAGAGAAUUGUGGAUAUAUAAUUUGUAAUAAAUAUUGUCUAACAAUAA